UAUAGCAACACUAUCACAACAGGAAUCCUCAAUUAUCAAUAAGAAGUGCACAGUGUGGCCUAUCUGUUUAGUUAAUAUAGGCAUUUAGGCCUAGUGAAUUAGCUUGAAAUAGCCACUAGGUUUUCCUAGAUCCUAGCUAGGAGAUAGUAGGCCUACUUUGACAACUAGGUCUGAAGUAUAAAAAAAAUUAAGUCAUUAAAAAAACUCCAGGUCUACUACUUUUUGCAUAUUGUUGUGCUGUCUGCCAUGGUCAAGUUAACACUAGACUUCAUAGCUCGGGGCACAUCAGGAUAUACUCAAAAGAAAAGGGAUGAAACGCUUCCACAGUAUAUCAGAAGACUGACUCAUUUGUACUUGGAAAACAAAAAUAUUGAUGAUGUUGGUGACUGCUUAUCAAUGUGCAAAAAUCUAACAGUUUUGUAUCUGUAUGACAACCAACUGAAUCGUGUCCCCUGCUUAAAUAGCAAUAGUGCAAUCACUCAUCUGUAUCUACAAAACAACAACAUCAGCUUGAUUGAGAACCUAAACACAUUACCUCAGCUGCAAAAAUUGUAUCUGGGUGGCAAUACAAUCACAGUGCUGGAAGGUUUGGACAAACUUAAAAAAUUACAGGAACUUCAUGUGGAACACCAGCGCCUGCCUGCAGGAGAACAGCUGUUAUUUGAUCCACGCACACUUAACGCACUCUCUGGUUGUUUGCAAGUUUUAAAUGUGUCUGGGAACCAUCUGACCGGCAUCAACGACCUGAGCCAACUUUGCCACCUGAACAGCCUGAUAGCAGCUGACAAUCUACUGAACGACAUGAAGGAACUGGCACAGCUCUUGGCUACAUGGACCUCCCUGACUCGCCUGGAUCUCACAGGCAACCCCAUAUGUCAGCAAACAAAGUACAAGGACAGAAUUAUUGUCUUGGGGAGUAGCUUGGAGUGGCUAGAUGGGAAACAUAUAACGGCGACAGCCCGCAAGUUCCUGGUCAACUGGCACGCCAACAGGGAGGAGAAUCGCAAAAAGUUUCAGGAGAAUUUAAUGAGAGAGGAAACCUACCCAACAUCAGUACAUGUGCAUACAGGAGAUCUGCCUCCCUUACGUAGUGCCCCACUAAGGCAGAGAAGUAUUUCCAGUUAUGUCAUGCCAGGUUUACCACGUAAGCAGUUUGAUGACAUCCUAGCUAAAUCACAUUUUCCCCAAAAACCUCGAAGUGGUGCAUCAAGGCCGAGCGAGGAAAGUGUUGAAGUAUUUCAAAUGACCAGAGGAGGAGGGCGUCCACCACAGCAACACUGGCAGUAACUCUAGGGCAAACGUUUUAGAAAGUUUGAAACUUACAAACUACCAGCUUAACCCACUAUAGCUGUAGCCAGGACUAUACCUAGUAUAGCUCACCCCCCACCCCCCACUAUAGCUGUAGCCAGGACUAUACCUACUAUAGCUAACCCCCCCUACUAUAGCUACCCCC